AUGCUUCGUCUGGUUGUUUUUGUCGGCGUCGUCGCCUUUUCGUGGGCUUCUGUUCGACAGGCAGCAACUUCGGAUGAGCAAGCACAAGUUAUCGUGGUAACCUAUUUCGACUUCGAUGCGGACAUGAAUUCUUCUUAUCUGGAGAUAGUCAGAUCAACGGUGGAGGACCUUGAGGAAACCUAUAACGUUCUCUACAACCCUAAGCAAAUCGACGUGAAAGCAGCGAACAUCGAUGGAAGUUUUGCUGCCGUCUAUACCGUUCGUGGUGUGGAUUGUAAUAAGGUAUCUACCGCAUCGUUACCCUUGUGA